GUUUCAUCGGCUCUUUGCCGUACUCCAUUGUGCUGUGUUGUUUUUCUUUUCGCUGUAGCUUCUGAUGUCAGCUUUUGAAACACCCAAUAACCGAUCAGAUCCUACUUGUGUCUUUUGUCUUUGCUGAGCAAUCGAGAAUCUCUCUCCCUUCCAUUCCAAUCCGAUCUAGUGAGAUCCCUCUCAUACAGGGCGCCAACCCUCUCAGCUGCCUCGACUUUUCCUCACCCAGCUCACCUUGUUUGGAUCUACUCAUUUGGAUUUGAUCUUCUACAUAUUUCAUGUGCAUCUCCAUCAUCGUCAUCGUCAACAUCAAUCAAUCCUACCUUAUUGCCUGACUCAAUUGUCGUCACUCGUGUACUAUCCGGUCUUUUUGCACUCUAUCAUACGUCUCGCCGAGUACUCGCUGCUCUUUGCCCUCGGUAUUUCCACUUUUACCCAAGUCUCUACUAAAACCAUCGACAUCAUUGCAUUGCUCUUUAUGCUCUGACCCAACCCGUGUCAUUCUCGCUAUACUCACGGAUGCUACGAGCUACUAUAUGCUAGACUUGCAGAUCAGCCAACCAAUUGCCGCUAAAGAGAUCUCGUCUUGACAAGCUGGCGCCUCGUUCUGGACACGAACGGACACAAAGCACCGCAAGCGAGCUCACAAGAGCGAAGAAACCCGCAGCAACAACAACUCGCGACAUCAUCUGUGCCUAUCAGUAUCAGCUCCCCCUUGUGUGCAAUCGUUGAUCCGAUCAUAAAAGAGGGGCAACUUUCGUUGUGGGCGAAGCUCCAACUACUACAUCAUCACCAGCCUGCUUAAACCUUGUACUGUUACUAGCUUGCUUAAGGUACCUUGUCCUGGCUUGCCCUGCCUUCACAAUCAUUCAUAUCCCCAUCGUCUUGUGCGAAGAUUUUGAUCACUCACAAUUAGACGGGCUCAGUUUUGGCUUGGCUGUUUAAACGGUGAAAAACCAAAACCAAAACCAAAAGCAUCGUCCAACGUACGGAAAUUCUCAAACGAGGGAUCUUUGGCUAUUCGUAUCCUAUCCCUCCACCUUUGCCAGCCACCAGAGAGAGCCAAGGAAUAGUAUCAGCCAUCCAAUUGCCGGCCUCGGGUGGAAUGCGCCAAGAGUCCAAAUCCUUUGUUCACUUACGAAACCAAAAAGAAAAAAUAAACAAAGCCCAGGUUCUCACCACCGAGCAUUGUCUUUAUUCUCCCUGUCCUAUCCAUGCAUGCUUGUUAAGCCUAUAGCUCUGGAUACCGUUGUUUGUCUAACAUCUGAGCGAGCUGAAAGAGAGCUCCCCCACAGAAAGACAGGCCGGUCUUGAACAGACCAGACCAGACCAGACCAGCACGUCAGUCUCCAGCCUCUCCCCACUAUUACGUUGCUGUACCUGAACUUGAAAGAGCUGCAAUUGCAAGGUUAGCUCGGGCUAGUAGGUUGCACCAGGCGAGCUCACUGACCUCCUGCUGGUCCAGGAGAAGCAAACGUGCUCCAAUCCUUCCAACUUUGCUGUCUCAUCCAUCUGUCCCUCUCUAUUAUCUCUCUGUAUCUGCCGUCCCGUUGUCAAUCAAUCGGAGAGCUCUCAGUAAGGCAUAAUUCAACCGGAUAUCCCACAAUUGGAUCCAUCCACAUCCACCACAAGCCCACCACAAACCAAGCUGAGAAGCUGGGCUGGGUAAACUGACCUGUUCCGUUCCGUUCGAUCGAUCUGCAGAGAGUGUUUCCUCAUCUUUGGGUCCAUUCUACCGCAACCACCACCACUCCUACACACUACCUACCUACCUAUCUCAUCCCCUCCCCGCUUCUCUUGCAAUUCUCUCCCCCUCUCUUCCUGUCGUCACACUAUUACUACCCUAUGCCUUCACUGGGGUUUCUCAAGAAAAAGCGGACCAGAGAGGGCAACUCUGACCCUUCUGCCUCAAGUCCAACUAGUCCAGUUACUCCUACCACUUCCAGGUCCAAGUCCAUCUCUAAAGCUUUUCACCUGCCUCGAACAAGCAGGCAAUCCACCUCAGCCCCAAGUGCUCAACCAACCAACGGCCAGAACCAGCAACAACAGCAGCAGCCCGACCGGAUUCAGGAAGGUGCCGUGUCUCAAUCGAAUCAAUCCUCUGCGCCGAAUGAGCAGACGACAGGAGCUACCGACGGACAGCAACAAGAAGAUAUGAGCGCAAUUAACCUCCAUCAACCCUCAUACGGUGCGGGCAGUCCUAUGAAUCACGAUCAUCAGAACCUACCUAGCAUCAACAACCUCAUCAACCCGCCCCAGCAACAGCAGCAGCACAAUGCCCAGGGUAAUUCCUACAACAACGGCCAGACCAACCCGCAGUACCUAGCCGCCACGAUAGAUAGCCAUCGACCGCAGACCGUCAGUCCCGGAACCGAUCCCGCAGCCCUACAACAGCAGCAGCAACAGGCUCUGCCACAGCCCAGUAUGCCUCCGCAACAGCAACAGUCGCAGGCGCAGCAACAACACCAGCAGCCAUCUCAGCAGUUCCAACAACAGCAGAACCAGAGCCAGAAUCAAGCGCAACAGCACCAGCAGUACCAACACCAGCCGCACCACCAACAGAACGCUAGCACUGGUUCAGUCAUGCGCGUAACAAAGGGAAAAUACUCGUUGGGUGACUUCGAUAUCUUGAGGACGCUUGGAACUGGUAGCUUCGGCCGAGUACAUUUAGUCCAAUCGAAGCACAACCAGCGUUUCUAUGCGGUCAAGGUGCUCAAGAAGGCCCAGGUGGUCAAAAUGAAGCAAGUCGAACAUACCAAUGACGAACGUCGCAUGCUAGCUGACGUCAAGCACCCUUUCCUUAUUACCCUCUGGGGCACGUUCCAGGACCCGAAGAACCUCUACAUGGUGAUGGAUUUCGUUGAAGGUGGAGAGCUGUUUUCACUUCUGAGGAAGUCGGGACGUUUCCCUAACCCCGUUGCCAAAUUCUACGCCGCGGAGGUCACUUUAGCUUUGGAAUACCUCCAUUCAAAGAACAUUAUAUACCGUGAUCUCAAGCCAGAAAAUUUGCUACUCGAUCGACAUGGCCAUCUUAAGAUCACAGAUUUCGGUUUCGCGAAGCGCGUGCCUGACAAGACAUGGACUCUGUGUGGUACACCGGAUUACCUAGCUCCUGAAGUGGUCUCUAACAAAGGCUACAACAAAUCCGUGGAUUGGUGAGUUCUUGCAACUGGCGAUGGAACAGAAAUGGACUAACAUGUUGGCGUACCAGGUGGUCCUUGGGUAUUCUGAUAUACGAAAUGCUUUGCGGUUACACCCCCUUCUGGGAUAGCGGAUCUCCCAUGAAGAUAUACGAAAACAUUCUCAAGGGCAAAGUUAAAUAUCCGGCAUACGUCAACGCGGACGCUCAAAAUCUUCUUGAGCGUCUCAUCACAGCCGACCUCACAAAGCGAUUAGGUAACCUCUAUGGAGGCCCAGAUGACGUGAAGACCCAUCCUUGGUUCGCUGAAGUCACCUGGGAUCGAUUAGCCAGGAAGGACAUUGACGCACCUUACACGCCACCAGUCAAGGCGGGUGCCGGAGACGCGAGUCAAUUCGAUCGUUACCCUGAGGAUCCCGAGAAGUACGGGGUGGUUACGGCACCAGAUGAAUACGGUCACAUGUUUACGGAGUUUUAAGAAAGUGCUUGAGAGCGAGUAAUGGAUGCACUUGUAUGAUUAGGUUGGAAACAAACCUCUCUUGGUGCAGUCAACUUUGGGUGGGCGUUCAUGCUGUGCGCUUUACUCUUGGAUAUGAGAUGCUGGAACUGUUUUAUUUGUCGUUGGUUCAUGUUUCACGCAAUUGCAGGAAUGGGGUGAUGAAAAAGAAGGCUCCCGGGAAUCUCUGGUUGGAGAGUUGGUUGGCUGUUGGUUGACGAGCUCAGGUUGGAAAGCCAGGUGAACAUAUCCUAUGCAAGUAACCCAGGCCACAGAAUAGCCUUGAACGAAUAUCCGUACUACGGCAUCCUUAUACUCAGGUACCCAGAACAUGUCUAGUUCGUCUUGGCGACCAAUUGAUGAACAUGCGCAAUUCCAUCGAUAUCUUCAGUCUAUCAACGUUGCUAUGACGUUUCCUUCUCAAUUCUUGUCAGAUAGAAACCCCAGC